GAGAGAGAGAGAGAGAGAGAGAGAGAGAGGGAGCGCACGCGCGCGAUAACAAUGGCCACCGUGAACGUCGGAACCCUAAUCCGCUCCGUGGCUGCUCCGCCGCCUCCUCCGCCGCGUGCCGCCGCACACUCCGUUCCCACGGCGCCACGCCGCCUCUUCCUCCUCCUUUGCUCCGCCACCGCCGCCGCCCCCUUCAUCACCUCCGCCUCCUCCUCCUCCUCCGUCGCCGCAAUCUCCUUGGGAAUCCCGGGGCCGAAGGAGUGGCUGAGGGAGCAGAAGAAGAAGGCGGCGAAGUACGUGUUGGCGCCGAUCGACGCCUCGCGCCAGACCCUACGCAAUGCCUAUCAAUUACUCGAGGCCGCACCCGAUUCAGCGGCGGAGAAAACCAAAGAGGUUCGCAGCCUACUAUAUUCGGCGGCGAGGGACUGCGUGCCCGAGCAGAGGAAUUCGCUGGUUGCGUUUCAGUCUCAAACAGGGGUCGAGGUUUGAGUCUCUUUCUUUAUCUCGAUCUCUUCAAAGUACUAGUGGCUCUCAAAUCUCCCGAACGGCUUCGCACUGCAGCUAGAAACCAGAAGCUUCGUAUUGCAGAUUCAGCACUUGAGGACUAUAAGCACAUUUUGGUUUCUUGCCGCAAUGUGAAGCUCUAGAAAUUUAGCUUGGCAAACAUCCGAUGAAGGAGCUAAUUCGUUAGUAAUGCCAAAUCGGCAUCAAGGCCUCAGCUGGGGGCUUCUGCAAUGGUAUUGUUUUGAGUAGAUAUCUCAGAAAA